GUAAUAUUACUAAUAAUUUGCUUGGCUCGUCCUCCCGCAGAGGAAGACUUAACUUUGCCUCUAAGGCAAAAAUUAGGGUUUCUGAUUGCAUUUUCAAAAAUCAAAACACCAAAUCACAACCGAAUCUCCUCUCUCUAAACUCUCUCCUCUCUCUAAAUUCCCUCAUCUCUCCAUAGCACACACACACAAACUUUUGCCAAACCCGAUCUGAGUGUCCAAUCUCGAGCCUUCCUACACCGCAAAGCCGUUAAUUUGAAUCACUUCCUGUGAUGAUCGUAUCUAUUCAACCGACUGUUUCAAUCUCUCAUACCAAGUGGUUACAACUCUCUAUACCACCUUCCGAUUGUUCUCAAUCCAAAGAUCCAAGAAUCGAGUAAUCUUGAUAAAUAUACAAGAUUGUAGAUUUGUAGUGAUUGAUUAUGGAUGUUGAGGGAAACAAGCGUGUGUUCCAACGUCUGGGGCCUUCAAGCGAUAACAAAAACCAGAGGGUUUGUUACCAUUGGAGGGCAGGCAAGUGCAGUAGGUUCCCCUGUCCUUUCUUGCAUAGAGAAUUAACGCCGGCGCAACCAUCACAGCCGCCCAUCAGCAACGGAAUAGGAACGUCGAAGCGGCCUCAUGGGUUUGCCGACGACCAGCAUUUUAUCCGGCGGAAUACUAAUUUUAACAAUUCUUCGACAUGGGGGCGAGUUCAUGGCAAUAGGGUUCUGAAGAAGACAGAGAAAGUGUGUAAUUUUUGGCUUCAGGGAAGUUGUAAUUAUGGGGACAAGUGCAGGUUUUUGCAUAUUUGGAGUACUGGAGAUUGUUUUUCAUUGUUGACACAGCUUGAAGGACAUCAGAAGGUUGUUACCGGGAUUACUAUGCCAUCUGGGUCCGAUAAGCUUUAUACUGGGAGUAAAGAUGAGACCAUGAGGGUCUGGGAUUGCCAGUCUGGGCAGUGUGCCGCUGUGAGUAAUUUGGGUGGUGAAGUAGGUUGUAUGCUCAGUGAAGGGCCAUGGGUAUUUGUGGGCCUACCAAAUCUCGUUAAGGCAUGGAAUACUCAAACGUCUAGUGGUCUAAAUCUUAGUGGACCUGUUGGACAAGUCUAUUCCCUGGUUGUGGGGAAUGAUUUGCUCUUUGCGGGUACACAGGAUGGAACUAUAUUGGCAUGGAGAUUUAAUGCAACCACCAACUGCUUUGAAGAGGCUGCAUCACUUAAGGGUCACACUCUGGCAGUUGUGACACUUGUUGUUGGAGCUAAUAGGCUAUACUCUGGUUCCAUGGAUCAUUCUAUAAGAGUAUGGAGCCUUGAAAACUUGGAGUGUGUACAGACUCUGACAGAGCAUACUUCAGUUGUAAUGUCUGUUCUAUGCUGGGAUCAAUUUUUAUUAUCAUGUUCACUUGACAAGACAAUAAAGGUGUGGGUUGCUACUGGGAGUGGGAACCUAGAUGUAACAUACACCCACAACGAAGAACAUGGCUUGCUCACCCUCUGUGGGAUGCACGAUUCAGAAGGCAAGCCGGUCUUGCUGUGCGCUUGCAAUGACAAUUCUGUCCGUGCCUAUGACUUGCCAUCUUUUUCUGAGAGGGGCAAGAUAUAUGCAAAGCAGGAGAUUCGAUCCAUACAGAUAGGUCCUGGUGGUCUGUUUUUUACUGGUGAUGGAACCGGUCAAGUGAGAGUAUGGAAGUGGUUGGCUGAACCAACUCCCGCUGCUUGAUGAACUGCAAUAAAUUACAUUUAUGUUAACCAUGAUGUAUUUCUUUUCUGAUUUAUUUUGAUUCUUCUUUAUAAGGUGCAGCUUAUGGAAGAUAUCCUAAAAUGUCGGUAACAGUUUUGAGUCUAUAUUGUUAGUUUUUUAGUCUCAUAAAAACCAUUGGCAACUGCUUUAGCAUGUACUGUAAUUGUAGAAGAGAGACUUUCUGGUCAGUAAAGAUUUGUGUCCCUUGCAUUUGUUCGUGCUACGCUUGCACUGUGGUAUUUCUGUGACUACAUCUGAGUUUGUAAAUGUUCCAGAAUUCCCAGUGUUUGCACAAUAUAAAGUUGCUUUCUGAUGAAA